GUGAAUAUUUAAAGUGUGAUUUGUUUAUCUUUUGUUGUAGAUACCUGAUUAUAGAUUACAAGGCAAAGCUGACCCCACUUUCUUUUUUAAGCAUUUAAAGAAAGUUAAUUAUUGUACUUAGUAAAAAUGGUUCUUAAGCUGGAAAUGUUUGCUCGAUUAACUUUUUACCCAACAUUAUUUUACAAUGUUUGUAUGGAAAAAUUAUCUUCCAGACGAUGGUACGAUAGAAUUGACGAUAACGUUAUUUUGGGAGCUUUACCUUUCAGAUCUAUGACGGAUGAGUUACGGCAAAAAGAAAAUGUAAAAGCAGUUAUUUCCAUGAAUGAAGAUUAUGAGCUGGCGUUGUUUUCGCACAAUAAAGAUACUUGGCCACUUUAUGGGGUGGAUUUUUUGCAACUUCCCACAACAGAUAUAUUUGAAACGCCGUGUCAGAAAAAUUUAUUGACGGGAGUAGAGUUUAUAAACAAAUUUUUGCCUUUAUCAAAUAGAAUAAAAACUUUUAAUAAUGAUGAUCUAAAAGAGAAUAUUGGAACAGUAUAUGUUCAUUGCAAAGCAGGGCGAACACGUAGUGCGACUUUGGUGGGAUGCUACCUAAUGAUGAAAAACGGAUGGAGUCCUGAAGAAGCUGUCCGAUAUAUGAAAACCUGCAGACCACAUAUAUUACUUCAUCAUAAGCAAUGGGAAGCACUAAGAAUAUUUUACAAUUUAAAUGUAAGAAAUAAGGAAUAGUAACCAAUCAUUAAUUAUUUAUUAAAAUUUAAUUUGUGAUUAGAGACAAUAAUAAAGAACAAUAAUUUAAUGAAGUAAAA